AUGUUUUACACCAUUUCCCCCGGGCAGGUGCUGGAUGUCGGCUCAGGGAGCGGAUACCUGGCGGCUGUCAUGGCCACCCUGGUACAGGACAGAGGUUCAAAGGCCCCUGGCCUCGUCAUCGGCGUGGAGUACAUUCCCACCCUGGUGGAGGCUGCCCUCCAGAGUGCGGAGCGGGACCCCACCUCGCGGCCUUUGCUGGAUGCAGGCAUCCUGCAGCUCAGGGUGGGGGAUGGGUGGCAGGGCUGGCCCGAGUCUGCCCCAUACGACGCAAUCCAUGUGGGGGCGGCAGCCGCCACGGUGCCACAGGCCCUGGUGCGCCAGCUGGCACCAGGUGGCAGACUGGUGUUGCCGGUGGGCCUUGAUGGGCAGGAGCAGGUGCUCACUGUGGUCGACAAGGAUUAUACAGGCCACGUCAAGACAAAGGGCCUGUUCAGUGUGCAGUAUGUGCCGCUAGUACACCGGAAUGAGGCUUGA